GCUUUUUGCUCGGGCGCCAUCUUGUGGACGGUCUCUGUGCGGCGGUUUCGUUUGCGUACAGCUCCUGAUCUGUGCUUGCGAUCCAGCCGUUCGGUAAGUAAAUGUUUUUCUUCUUAAAGCCCCAGACCGUUAUUUAUUUAUUUAAAGGUGUACAAACCCACAACUCAGAAUAUCAAUUUUUCUGUUACAGAUUCCCAAAACAAAAAACAAGUGCCUUAAACCCUUGCAUUACUUCGAGGGUGACCCCCUCUAGCCUCUAUUUAAGGGUAACUCCCUUUUUGCCUCUAUACAGGGUAACCCCCUAUAUGAUUACACAGGUACAUACCUGUUAUUAAUGUUGGACGUUAUAUUGUCCUUUUUUUCUUUCUCUGGAUGAACCCCACUUGUCUAACAGGUUAAUUCUUUAUGUAUUUUACAACUCAUGUUUAAAGUCCACCGCCUCUUUGUAAAUAGUUGUCUGCACAUUAAAAAAAAAAUGUAAACAUUUUCUUUAUAAAAAUUUUUUUAUAUAUAUAUAUAUUAUAUUUUAGUGUUGACCCCACUGUUUUUGACAUUAUGUUGGAUUUACCAGAUCCAGCAGUCUCUGCUUAACUUAAGGCAUGGCUAUACAAUGCAAUUGCCGACUCUACACCCAAAGCUUUAGCGGCUUUCCGCGAGCAGUCAGUUAAAACCCCUACGGCGACUAUUAGCCAGCUGUCAGACUCUGAGGAGUCUCAUGGUUCAGACUGGGAUGAAGUUCCUCGAAAGCACCCCUGGAAGGGCGAUAGCGCUACCGCCG